AUGGUACGUGCCUACCACAGUCAUUUGCAGGCAGUCUAUCAGAAAGGGGGAGCAAGCAGCUUUCCUAAUCCCCUACCUUAAACCCAUCUCCGCCGCCGCCAUGCAUGCCACUUUUCUAACCUCACACCCAACCGCACUCCCCACAACCAAACCGCUCGCCCCUCCUCUAAACUGCCGCCGAUGUCUUCGCAUAACUGCACAAUCACAAGCAACAGUAACAGUAGAUCUUCCCUCUCCAACCACAACAAAACUCAACAAGUACAGCUCAAGAAUAACGGAACCAAAGUCACAAGGCGGGUCCCAGGCCAUGCUAUAUGGCGUCGGCUUAUCAGAAGACGACAUGUCGAAGCCACAAGUGGGCAUAUCGUCGGUUUGGUACGAGGGGAACACGUGCAACAUGCAUUUGUUGAAGUUGUCGGAGGAAGUGAAACGGGGUGUUGAGGAGGCUGGAAUGGUUGGGUUUAGAUUCAAUACGGUGGGAGUUAGCGAUGGGAUAUCGAUGGGGACGAGAGGAAUGUGCUAUAGUUUGCAGUCAAGGGAUUUGAUUGCUGAUAGUAUCGAAACAGUUAUGAGUGCUCAGUGGUAUGAUGGAAAUAUCUCUAUUCCUGGUUGUGAUAAAAAUAUGCCAGGUACAAUUAUUGCGAUGGGGAGGAUCAAUCGACCAAGUCUUAUGGUUUAUGGUGGGACUAUCAAGCCUGGUCAUUUUCAAGGCAAUACGUAUGACAUAGUAUCUGCCUUCCAGUGUUAUGGAGAGUAUGUAAGUGGAUCAAUAAGUGAUGAGCAGAGAAAGAAUGUUGUCCGUAACUCAUGCCCUGGAGCAGGGGCCUGUGGAGGAAUGUAUACUGCAAAUACCAUGGCUUCUGCAAUAGAAGCUAUGGGAAUGUCUCUUCCUUACAGCUCUUCAAUACCUGCUGAAGACCCAUUGAAAUUGGAUGAAUGCCGUUUGGCUGGAAAGUAUCUGCUAGAAUUGUUGAAAAUGGAUUUAAAACCCCAAGACAUUAUCACCCACAAAUCUUUACAUAAUGCAAUGGUUAUUGUCAUGGCCCUAGGUGGGUCAACCAAUGCUGUGUUACAUUUAAUUGCUAUAGCAAGGUCAGUUGGUCUAGAGUUGACUCUUGAUGAUUUCCAGAGGGUUAGUGAUGAGGUUCCAUUUCUGGCUGAUCUGAAGCCCAGUGGCAAAUAUGUCAUGGAGGAUGUGCAUAAGAUUGGAGGAACGCCCGCUGUUAUUCGUUAUCUUUUGGAGCUUGGAUAUCUAGAUGGGGAUUGCAUAACUGUGACUGGGAAGACAUUGGCAGAAAAUGCACAAAGUUACCCUUGUUUACCUGAGGGACAGGAUAUCCUAAGACCUGUUUCAAAUCCCAUUAAGAAAACAGGGCACAUCCAAAUAUUAAGAGGGAAUCUUGCACCUGAGGGUUCUGUAGCAAAAAUUACUGGCAAAGAAGGAUUAUAUUUCUCUGGUCCUGCACUUGUCUUUGAAGGAGAGGAAGCUAUGCUAGCUGCUAUCUCAGAAAAUCCUAUGAAUUUUAAGGGAAAAGUAGUAGUCAUCAGAGGGGAGGGACCCAAGGGAGGCCCAGGCAUGCCUGAAAUGUUGACACCAACAAGUGCAAUAAUGGGAGCAGGUCUUGGGAAGGAUGUUGCGUUGCUCACUGAUGGUAGGUUUUCUGGAGGUUCACAUGGAUUCGUUGUAGGCCACAUAUGCCCCGAAGCACAGGAGGGUGGCCCCAUCGGUCUAAUUCAAAAUGGGGAUCUCAUCAGCAUUGAUGUUCAGAAGAAGGCCAUAAAUGUUCAGUUGACAGAUGAUGAACUAAACGAGCGGAAAGAGAAGUGGACUCCACCUCCUUACAGGGCUAAUAGAGGAGUUUUGCAUAAGUACAUCAAGAACGUGCAACCAGCUUCAAAGGGGUGUGUAACAGAUGAAUAGAGGCGAUGAGGUAUUUUGCAGCCUAGUCUCGGUAUCAGCCCUGCUCUUCAACUACAAUUAGCUAGUAGCAGGCAUUAAUUUUCAUUUUCCUUUUGUAAUUGUGUUCUUGUUCUUGGUUUGCUGCCCCCAUCUUAGACAAGCUUUUGAUUUGUUUCUUUUCCAGUCUUAAGAAACUGUUAAGGGGAAUCUGCAGAGGUAUAAUUUGUGUUGUUGAGCAAUAAUUAGUGAACUCUGUUGAAAAUGAUGAUCCUUUCAAUAUUAACUGGGCGACCUAUAUACUCAAUUAAUUGUUUGACCAUCAUUUGUAAAGUUUUGGACUCUUUGAGUAUUAUUUGAAUUGAACUAAAUGCUACGGUUUUAUGCCUUUGUUGGUCGUACAAUAUGUAUUCUUUGUCCAUUAGUGAUAAACUUUAGUACAUGUACAGAAUUUGCAUAAGCCAAGCAAUCAAAAGACAAAUACCAGAAUUUAGCGAUGUUAAGAACAAAGUGAAGAAAAGAGGUUAGCCCCAAUCGCCAUCAUUUCUGUGAAUUAACCUGCUGCAGAGCUACAAUUCAAGAAGAAGGAACCUAAGCAGCUCUGAAUGUGUGGUCAAAGGGCUUGUUACAAAGUGCUCUGACUCCAACAUUUCCACAGGAUUUUGACUGAUCAUCCUUGCCUCUGUGCCCUUAUUCAUAAAUUAUUCUGUAAUCUGCAGAAGGAUGUUGAUUUUGAUUGAUGUUUGACUCUUUUUUUCUGGAAAACAAACAACCAUGACUCAUUCUUUUUGCUGAAAAAACUAAUUCGUAACUUGCGAGAGUAUAGCCAUAGGCAGCCAUAUCUUAGCUGCACCUCGAAGCUCAAAAAAAGAAGGAAUAAUAUUGCCAGAAACCAGAUACAGCACCAGUGCAUUGCCAUUAAAGAUACCACCAGGUUCCAGAUGAUCAGGAUAGGCCAGGC